AUCCGUUUUUCAGUGGAAACGGAAGUUAGGUUGAAAAUACUGUAUCCGUGAAAACCGGAAACAUCCGCUUUCUCCCAACCCCGCUGGAGAGGUAUGACUGGAAAAGCUAACUAGCUGUAAAACCAUAGUUUAUAAACCUUUUUAUUUCUACACUUUAAUAGUACAAUUUGGUUUUCAAGUCAAAGAGCUCAGUGGUAGGGCGAUCAAAUAUCUGAACCCUCAAAAUCCAGAAUGAGACGACACACCACAUAUAAUGAUGAAGACCUGCGCGAUGCUACCAGGAGGAAAGGCGAGAAGGUCCCUGAGGAUAAACAACACGAAUCUACCAUUUACUCAUUCAGGACACAGGAGCAAGACACAGCAGCCACAGGCUUCCAGCGCUUCCUCAAUGUCCUCAACAAAGGGGUGGACAUCAACAAGCUCUCAAAGAUUGUGAACAACGUGAAUGAGUUACCCCCUAUGCAGGAGGGCCAUCCCAAGACUGCCCACAGGAGUGAGUAUAAGGGGCCCCCAGCUCAGAACUCUCAGGAUUGCUUGGGGCCCCACAGUAGAGCUCUGCCACAAGACCACAGUCACUCACACAUUCGUGGAGAAAGGAGGCCGGAUCUCCCACAUGGCCAGCUCCAGAGCCUGCUGGAGUCCAUCGGGCUAGACCUGGGUGUGGAGGAGUUGGGCCGACUGACAGAGCGGACCAAGGAGAAGAUAUACGGAAUGAAGAGAGACCAGGAGAGGAGUCCCUUGACGUCAGACAGGCACUCUAGUACUAGAGACUGGGACAGAGAACGAGACGAGGACACAGAGAGGGACGGAUCUAAGAGAAAUGGAGAAAGAGACCGGGACAGAGACUGGGCCAGUUCUGAGAGAGACCGAGAGAGAGACGGGGACAAAUCUGAGAGAGACCGGGACAGGCGCUCUAAUACCAGGGACAGGCGCUCUGGUCCCAGGGACAGGCACUCUAGUACCAGGGACAGAGACAGACACUCUGGUUCCAGAGACAGGGACAGGCACUCGGGUACCAGGGACAGCAACAGGGACAGGCGCUCUAGUACCAGGGACAGCGAGAGAGAUAGGCACUCUGAUACCAGGGACAGUGAGAGAGACAGGCACUCUGGUACCAGGGACAGGCGCUCUAGUACCAGGGACAGAGACGAGGACAGGCGCUCUAGUACCAGGGACAGCGAGAGAGAUAGGCACUCUGAUACCAGGGACAGUGAGAGAGACAGGCACUCUGGUUCCAGGGACAGGCGCUCUAGUACCAGGGACAGAGACGAGGACAGGCGCUCUAGUACCAGGGACGAGGACAGGCGCUCUAGUACCAGGGACGAGGACAGGCGCUCUAGUACCAGGGACGAGGACAGGCGCUCUAGUACCAGGGACAGGGACGAGGACAGGCGCUCUAGUACCAGGGACAGAGACGAGGACAGGCGCUCUAGUACCAGGGACAGAGACGAAGACAGGCGCUCUAGUACCGGGGACAGGCGCUCUAGUACCAGGGACAGGCGCUCUAGUACCAGGGACAGGCGGUCUAGUACCAGGGACAGAGACAGGGACAGGCGGUCUAAUACCAGGGACAGAGACAGGGACAGGCGCUCUAGUACCAGGGACAGGAACAGGCGCUCUAGUAACAGGGACAGGGACAGGCGCUCUAGUAACAGGGACCGAGACAGGGACAGGCGCUCUAGUAACAGGGACAGAGACAGGGACAGGCGCUGUAGUACCAGGGACUGGGACAGAGAUGGCGACUGGAACAAAGAAAGUGACAAGGAUUGGUAUAGGGACAAGUCCAAGGAAAGCUCUGCUGAGCUCAACACAUACUCCAAGGACCCUAUAUAUCCUCUUUCUCACCCUCCUAAUGCAUCUAUGAUGGCAACCUUCUCCACCACCCAGUUCUCUCUGUAUACCAGCAGCCCCUACGCCAAUGCCUUCCCUCCAGGUUGGGGUUAUCCCCCUGGCACCAUGCCCCCUGGCAUCAUGCCCCCUGGCCUUAUGCCCCCUGGUACCAUGCCCCCUGGUACCAUGCCCCCUGGUACCAUGCCCCCUGGUACCAUGCCCCCUGGCCUUAUGCCUCCUAGUACCAUGCCCCCUGGCCUUAUGCCCCCUGGUACCAUGCCCCCUGGCCUUAUGCCCCCUGGUACCAUGCCCCCUGGCCUUAUGCCCCCUGGUACCAUGCCCCCUGGCCUUAUGCCUCCUGGUACCAUGCCCCCUGGCCUUAUGCCUCCUGGUACCAUGCCCCCUGGCCUUAUGCCCCCUGGUACCAUGCCCCCUGGCCUUAUGCCUCCUGGUACCAUGCCUCCUGGCCUUAUGCCCCCUGGUUUUAUGCCCCCUGGCUUUAUGCCCCCUGGUACCAUGCCUCCCUUCCCAUACCCCCCCCCUGGGUAUCCACCCUACCCCAGCGCCCCACCAAAUUACUCUAAUAGCACAUCAGCCUCAAGCCAGACAUACGCAUACACCCAGGCUGCUAGCAACCUCCAGCUCUCAUCUACUCAGCCUGCCAGUAACCACCAGUUAACAUAUAUCCCACUCCCAUACAACCAGCCCACUGGCACCCUCCAGCAGCUAAACACCAAGUCCACUGGCAACCUGCUCCAGCUCAUGAACCUCCAACUCCCAAACAGCAAGCCCGCUAGCACCCGCCAGCUUACAUACAUCCAGCCAGCUAGCAACCCCCAGGUCAAAUCUACCCAGCCUGGUGGGACUCGCCAGCUUACAUACAUCCAGCCCGCUAGCAACCCCCAGGUCACAUCUACCAAGCCCGCUAGCACCCGCCAGCUUACAUACAUCCAGACUGCUAGCAACCCCCAGGUCACAUCUACCCAGCCCAAUAGUGAACUCAAGUUCACAAGCACGGCUGUACUGACGCCAGAACUGAAAGUGUUGACCCCAGGCCCCAUCUCCUUGAGCAAGGCCCAACAACUGAAGGAGCUGUCACCCCCCCGCUGUCUGCAUUACGUUAAGACGGUGGUGCCCAAGGGCAGCAACCGCCGCAUGAGACGGUCAAGAGUCACGAGAAACAGGCAGGCGUUUGAAGAAAGGUGUAAUAAAUACAGGAAAGAGAUUCUGAGAAAGAGGAGAAUAUAUCGAGAUCUCCAAGGGAAGAGAGAUGGACUGAUUGCAAGAGCCGCAGCGAAAGUGACCGCUCAGUUGGCUGCAAAGUAUCCCAGGGCCCUCUCUGAAGCGGAGGCAGAGAGCGAUGUUGAAGGGGAGAAAAAAACAAUGCCUGAAGAAGCGAUUAAGGGGAAACUAAAGAAGAAGCUUGAAGAGUUCAACCUGAAGAUGAAGCGGAAAUCGACGCAACAAACACCAACAUAAACUCAAAGGCAGUUUGUUAUCUUCACUGGGCAUCAUGAUCUCAUCUCCCACUAGAAUAGAACCUGCUGCUGACCCAUCCAGACCCUAUGGACAUCAGUUGGCUUACAUUGUUACCUAUCAACCAUUUAUAGAUUUGUAAUGACACUAGCAAAGGAUUUAUCUUUGAGCCACAUCCUUUAAGGCUACAUAGUGAAGAUUUUUUUUCAGAUUGGAUUUAUCUGUAGUAGCGUGGUUACGGUCAGGGGCUUUUCUUGACAACGUGAUCUGAUUAGCAAAAAUGAUUGCCUUUCCAGGCUUUUCGCUUUAAUUAGGUCCUGGAGAUUUUCCUAGGCUGGUCAUUUGGUCAGGAAAAACUCUAAACCCAUUUCUGUGGAUCCUCUUUCACUGUGUAUAUAUACAAAUAAAGAGUUAUUUUAUUU